AUGCAUUUGAGGAGUCUAAAUGAAAAAAUUAUACAAUGGUUAGUUGAUUCGGAAACGGAAUCAAUCCCAGAUAAUCAACCACAGUCUUCGGCAUCCGAGGAUGGUAAUCAUUUAGAGGCGGAAAUUCAUACCGAAACUGAUGGAAGCGACGAGGAUGCUGCAGAUUUGUCGGACGACAAGUUCUUCGUUCCACGUCGCAGCGAUAGUCGAAGGUUAGUCAUAGAUUCUGAUGAUGAUACUUCACUGACAUCAUGCACGGAUCAGAUGGGUUCCGAACAUGAGGUACCACCACAGCAGCAAUCAAUAAUUCAACCAAGUCAGAAUAUCAUGUAUGGUAAAAAUCAACACAAAUGGUCUACAAAACCUCGAGACCCACGUACUCGCACGGCUGCUCGUAAUGUACUGCAUAUUGUACCUGGUCCUACAGGUAUGGCUAAAGAACUCUCACAGCCAAAAAAUCUAUUUUAUCUCUUUGUAGAGGAAGAAAUGAUUGACGUUAUUGUAAAAUAUACGAACGCCGAGAUUGACAUAAAAAACAAUAAGUAUAAAACAUCUAAGUAUACUACUACACAAACGUCAGCCAAUGAAAUGAAGGCAUUGCUGGGUCUGCUAAUUCAAUCUGCUGGUCUCAAAAGUAACCAUUUGCCAACGCGAACUUUGUUUGAUACCUUGAGAAGUGCAAAAACUUACAAAGCCUGCAUGAGCGCAGAAAGGUUCGACUUUUUACUGAGAUGUAUGAGAUUUGAUGACAGAAAUACUAGACAAGAGAAAAGGGUAUCUGAUAGACUGGCACCAAUUAGAAAUUUCUGGGAACAGUUUAUAGAAAAUUGCAGGAAAUGGUACAAGCCAGGUUCUUGCAUAACCGUGGACGAACCACUGGUUGGAUUUAGAGGACGCUGUCCGUUUCUCAUGUACAUCCCUAAUAAACCCAACAAAUAUGGCUUGAAGCUUGUUAUGAUGGCUGAUUCUAGUACAAAAUACAUGUGCAAUGCUAUGCCUUAUAUGGGAAAAAAUAUGAACAGAGGUAACGAGCCAUUAGCGAAUUAUUUUGUGAAGGAGCUGUUUAAACCGUACUAUGGGUCGAACCGGAAUAUAACCACAGAUAAUUGGUUUACAUCGGUUCCUCUGGUCGCUGAACUGUUGAAACCGCCAUAUAAGCUCACAGUGGUAGGUACUUUACGAAACAAUAAGCGAGAGAUCCCCAAAGAAAUGAGGAAUUUUAGAAAUAGACGAGUCGGUACCUCGAUGUUCGGUUUCGAUAAAGAAAUUACUUUGGUGUCUUAUAAACCGAAGUCAAAUAAGCUCGUUUACCUUAUUUCUACUAUACAUGAUCAACCUGCUAUCAAUAUCGAUUCAAAAAAUCCCGAAAUUAUUGAAUUCUACAAUUCCACAAAGGGUGCGGUUGAUACUGUAGACCAGAUGUGCUCGAUCAUGAGUACCAGCCGUAAGACCAAUCGAUGGCCGCUGUGCUUGUUCUACGACAUCCUAAAUUUGUCUAUAGUGAAUGCAUAUGUCAUCUACGUCUCUAAUGCGAUUCGAAAUGGAAAAAAACCUUUGAAAAGAAGGCCUUUUGCUUUAGAAAUGGCAGACGAACUGAUGAAGCCUUGGCUGCAAGAGAGAUAUCAGACUGUAUGUUUGCAACGAAACUUGAAGCACAUCAUCGCAGAGAUCUUGAAAAUUCAUGAUCCCCAGGAAGGUCCUAGUCAAGAGGUUCCUAGAACUCGCAAAACUUGCAGCUACUGCCCUGCAAAAAAACGUCGUAUGACCACUAACUUCUGCAAGGGCUGCAAAAAAGCGAUUUGCAGGGAGCAUAUUGUUUCUAUGUGCAAUCAUUGUUCAGUGUAG